AUGAAAGUGAAUGAAGACCGGCAUUUCAAAGUUCACCAACUUUCCUUUCCUUUCUAUCUGACUUUCUUUUUCAGAAUUAACAGCAAUGUCGAUCUAAUUGUAUCUGGAACACAACUCUGGACGCGAAUGAACGUUAUGUCCGGUUCAGUCGAGGAUCACCGAGAACUUCAGACACUGGACGAAGUGCAGCAAGUAUUUUCGAUGUGUUUCAGUCGUGGCAUCGCUAUCGAGCGGUAUGUGGCAAAUGGUGAGGUGUUCCAAGAGCUGGUGAACGCUGCCGAAAAUAAACUAUCUACAUUUCAGGUAACCGUUGGAGGCAACGCCGCUCUCUUUGCGCAGCAGAUCGCAAUGGAGCACAGUGACGCAGAAGUCCUGCUAGUAGGACCUGUCGGCCCAAAGCUGAAAUCAUUGCUGCUGACCAAUGUGCUGACCCAAAAUUCGACAAAAAUUGCUAUGGAUGAAAUUCAUCUAAUAAUGGAGUUUAAGCAGGGAGAAAUCUGGGGUGAUUAUAUUGCACCAACCAAUAGCCGACUGAUUAUUUCUCACGACCAGUUCAGUAGUAGCGCUGUCAUCAUCGAUAUGUUCUUCAACAAUAUACUGCUCUUCCGACCUGAUCUGAUCAUUCUUACCGGCAUUCAUUUACUGGAAUUCAACCCGAAAGAACUUUGGAUGGAGAAGCUAAUUGUGAUUAAACGGAAACUGAACCAAGCCAGUAAGGAGGUGCCGAUUCAUUUGGAGCUUGGCCAUCUUUCUGACCCUGAAUUCACACUCAAUGUUUUACACAAGAUUAUUCCUUAUGUGGAUUCGCUUGGUUUGGGCGAACAGCAACUGGCUGCCUUAAGCAAAGCCGCACAUGGCCCAUUCGCUGACCAAAUUCCUGCCAGUGCGAGUACAAUCCAUGUAUAUAAAGCGACAGAAAUCCUUCACUGGCUUCUCCGUUCUUCGACUGUUGAGUCCAAGCGGCGUUACUUCCGCCUCCAGCGCAUUCAUCUGCGCUGCUUGACGUACCACAUGAUUGCCAGUCGGGGUCCGAAUUGGUCAAACGGUGCAGCAGCUCUCGUUGCCGGCGCCAUGGUUUACGCUCAACGGGCUUGUGGUUUCGAAGGUGGCACUUUGUCUGAUUUGGUUGAGCUCCGUGUCAGUGAGGAGCAUCUGGUUGACCAACGCGACGAUCGUAAGUACAAGUUCAAAGCUGAUUCGCCGCUGAUGUCUUGGAUGCGUGAAGACGUUUUAUUCAUCUAUACGCCUGUACUUUUGUGCAAGCAUCCGGUGAAAACGGUGGGCAUCAGUCAUGCCGGAGCUGCAACUAGUCUCAUGUACUCGCAGUUCUUUAGGAUAGAGAAAUGA